CAGCGGUGUGAAGAAUCACAUAUGCAGCGAGUGCGGGAAGUCAUUUAUCACAAAUAGUGAACUAAAAGUGCACCAGAAUAUCCACACUGGAGAGAAACCGUUCAAGUGUUCAGACUGCGACAAGAGAUUCAACCAGUCGGGAAACCUGAAAACUCAUGAGAGGAUCCACACUGGAGAGAAACGUGUGAUCAGUGCGGGAAGAGUUUCAGUCAGUUUGCUUCUCUGCUCAGACAUGGAAACACUAUUAUCUGUAAUAAAUUGUAAGUAGUACAUCUUGAAUCGCAGAGGUUAAUAACUUCUCACUGGAGUUGUGUGUGUGUGUGUGUGUGUGAAUCGUUCUAAAGUUUGGGGUCAGUAUUUUUUCUUGAAGGGAAGUGAUAUUAAAAUGAUUUCUUAUUUUCAAAUCAUCAUAUUAAAAUGAUUUCUGAAGGAUCAUGUGACACUGAAGACUGGAGUAAUGAUGCUGAAAAAUGUGUUCACAGAAAUAAAUCAAAUUUUACAAUGUAUUCAAAUAGAAGUCUGUAAUAACUUUUUUCAAUAUUACUGUUUUUGAUUGUAUCUUCUUUCUUUGACCGCAACAUUUUAAAUGUUAGUGCCGAUUCAUUUACGUAUUUUUAUAACUAAGGGCACUAAUAAUAUGUUACAAGAAAUAAAAAAGGAGCACAAUCUUACUAAGGUUACUUUACAAUCAGGUGCAGAGUUAAAGCUUUGGACACGCCUCAUAGAAAACAUUUUAAACAUGGAGAAAUAAGAAGUACUUUUGUACAGUUCUGUUGUUUUAUUCUACAUGAAGCAUGGGAGAAGUAUUGGAACAGCUGGAAACUGAUCUCUUUGCAGAAUAAAUUGUUAAAUAUGCCUCCAAAUAGGACAUUUCUACAGUUGCAUUAUUUUGUCAUUUUUGCCCUAAAUAAAGCUUAAUUUCUUCCGCUGAUUACGAGUGAAUAGCAGAAUAUCAGACAGAAUUAAGCACUUUAAAAAUAAAUAAAUAAAUACCUUUUAUAUAUUUUAAAGAUCUUUCUUUGCCGCCUUUAUCUCUGUCUGCACUGUGGAAAAGCAGUGUGUUUUCCCGCUCCAGUCCACUAGGUGGUGACAACGCACCAUAAGUUGCCACAAAAGUAGAAGAAGAUAGCAAAAGAAGAUAACUACUGUCUGGGGUCUGAUCGCUUCAAAGAUGAUCAUCUGGGUCGAAGCUCUGCGCAUGCGCAUCAUUUGAAUACUAACGGCCAACUACCACUGUUCGCUGAAGGAAAAGAUCUGCUCCUCUUCUUUCAGUGAAGCUCCUCCCACUGGAAUUCACUAAUAAAUGCUGGAAUAUUCCCAUCAGCCUACAAGUGAAGACGAGCAUCAAGAACAAAGAGACCAGAUGGAGGUGAAAAAGAAAAGGAAAGAAUCAAAUGAGGUGGAAGAGAAACACCAUUUCAUCACUGGAGGAAAAUCUUUGACUUUCUCACAGACUGAAAAGACUGAAGCCAAGAAGUCGUUCGCCUGCCCUCAGUGUGGAAAGAGUUUCGCACGUAAAAGAAGUCUCAGGGAGCACAUGAGUACUCAUUCUAAAGAGAAUCUGUCGACAUGUGACCAGUGUGGAGUGAGUUUCACACGUAAAAGUAGUCUCAGGGAGCACAUGAGUACUCAUUCUAAAGAGAAACUGUUAACAUGUGACCAGUGUGGAGAGAGUUUCUCACGUAAAAGUAGUCUCAGGGAGCACAUGAGUACUCAUUCUAAAGAGAAACUGUUGACAUGUGACCAGUGUGGAGAGAGUUUCGCAAGAAAAAGAAGUCUCAGGGAGCACAUGAGUACUCAUUCUAAAGAGACACUGUUGACAUGUGACCAGUGUGGAGAGGGUUUCGCACGUAAAAGAAGUCUCGAGGAGCACAUGAGUACUCAUUCUAAAGAGAAUCUGUCGACAUGUGACCAGUGUGGAGAGAGUUUCGCACGUAAAAGAAGUCUCGAGGAGCACAUGAGUACUCAUUCUAAAGAGAAUCUGUCGACAUGUGACCAGUGUGGAGAGGGUUACGCACGUAAAAGAAGUCUCGAGGAGCACAUGAGUACUCAUUCUAAAGAGAAUCUGUCGACAUGUGACCAGUGUGGAGAGGGUUUCGCACGUAAAAGAAGUCUCGAGGAGCACAUGAGUACUCAUUCUAAAGAGAAUCUGUUGACACGUGACCAGUGUGGAGAGGGUUUCGCACGUAAAAGAAGUCUCGAGGAGCACAUGAGUACUCAUUCUAAAGAGAAUCUGUCGACAUGUGACCAGUGUGGAGAGGGUUACGCACGUAAAAGAAGUCUCGAGGAGCACAUGAGUACUCAUUCUAAAGAGAAUCUGUCGACAUGUGACCAGUGUGGAGAGGGUUUCGCACGUAAAAGAAGUCUCGAGGAGCACAUGAGUACUCGUUCUAAAGAGACACUGUUGACAUGUGACCAGUGUGGAGAGGGUUUCGCACGUAAAAGAAGUCUCAGGGAGCACAUGAGUACUCAUUCUAAAGAGAAACUGUUGACAUGUGACCAGUGUGGAGAGAGUUUCACACGUAAAAGUAGUCUCAGGGAGCACAUGAGUACUCAUUCUAAAGAGACACUGUUGACAUGUGACCAGUGUGGAGAGGGUUUCGCAAGAAAAAGAAGUGUCAGGGAGCACAUGAGUACUCAUUCUAAAGAGAAACUGUUGACAUGUGACCAGUGUGGAGAGAGUUUCGCACGUAAAAGAAGUCUCGAGGAGCACAUGAGUACUCAUUCUAAAGAGAAUCAGUUGACACGUGACCAGUGUGGAGAGGGUUUCGAAAGAAAAAGAAGUGUCAGGGAGCACAUGAGUACUCAUUCUAAAGAGAAUCAGUUGACACGUGACCAGUGUGGAGAGGGUUUCACACGUAAAAGAAGUCUCGAGGAGCACAUGAGUACUCAUUCUAAAGAGACACUGUUGACAUGUGACCAGUGUGGAGAGGGUUUCGCAAGAAAAAGAAGUGUCAGGGAGCACAUGAGUACUCAUUCUAAAGAGAAUCAGUUGACAUGUGACCAGUGUGGAGAGAGUUUCACACGUAAAAGUAGUCUCAGGGAGCACAUGAGUACUCAUUCUAAAGAGAAUCUGUUGACACGUGACCAGUGUGGAGAGGGUUUCGCACGUAAAAGAAGUCUCGAGGAGCACAUGAGUACUCAUUCUAAAGAGAAUCUGUUGACAUGUGACCAGUGUGGAGAGGGUUUCGCACGUAAAAGAAGUCUCGAGGAGCACAUGAGUACUCGUUCUAAAGAGACACUGUUGACAUGUGACCAGUGUGGAGAGGGUUUCGCACGUAAAAGAAGUCUCAGGGAGCACAUGAGUACUCAUUCUAAAGAGAAACUGUUGACAUUUGACCAGUGUGGAGAGAGUUUCGCACGUAAAAGAAGUCUCGAGGAGCACAUGAGUACUCAUUCUAAAGAGACACUGUUGACAUGUGACCAGUGUGGAGAGAGUUUCACACGUAAAAGUAGUCUCAGGGAGCACAUGAGUACUCAUUCUAAAGAGAAUCAGUUGACACGUGACCAGUGUGGAGAGGGUUUCACACGUAAAAGAAGUCUCGAGGAGCACAUGAGUACUCAUUCUAAAGAGACACUGUCGACAUGUGACCAGUGUGGAGAGGGUUUCGCACGUAAAAGAAGUCUCGAGGAGCACAUGAGUACUCAUUCUAAAGAGAAUCAGUUGACAUGUGACCAGUGUGGAGAGAGUUUCGCACGUAAAAGAAGUCUCGAGGAGCACAUGAGUACUCAUUCUAAAGAGACACUGUUGACAUGUGACCAGUGUGGAGAGGGUUUCGCAAGAAAAAGAAGUGUCAGGGAGCACAUGAGUACUCAUUCUAAAGAGAAUCUGUUGACAUGUGACCAGUGUGGAGAGAGUUUCACACGUAAAAGUAGUCUCAGGGAGCACAUGAGUACUCAUUCUAAAGAGAAUCUGUUGACACGUGACCAGUGUGGAGAGGGUUUCGCACGUAAAAGAAGUCUCGAGGAGCACAUGAGUACUCAUUCUAAAGAGAAUCUGUUGACAUGUGACCAGUGUGGAGAGGGUUUCGCACGUAAAAGAAGUCUCGAGGAGCACAUGAGUACUCGUUCUAAAGAGACACUGUUGACAUGUGACCAGUGUGGAGAGGGUUUCGCACGUAAAAGAAGUCUCAGGGAGCACAUGAGUACUCAUUCUAAAGAGAAACUGUUGACAUUUGACCAGUGUGGAGAGAGUUUCGCACGUAAAAGAAGUCUCGAGGAGCACAUGAGUACUCAUUUUAAAGAGACACUGUUGACAUGUGACCAGUGUGGAGAGAGUUUCACACGUAAAAGUAGUCUCAGGGAGCACAUGAGUACUCAUUCUAAAGAGAAUCAGUUGACACGUGACCAGUGUGGAGAGGGUUUCACACGUAAAAGAAGUCUCGAGGAGCACAUGAGUACUCAUUCUAAAGAGACACUGUCGACAUGUGACCAGUGUGGAGAGGGUUUCGCACGUAAAAGAAGUCUCGAGGAGCACAUGAGUACUCAUUCUAAAGAGAAUCAGUUGACAUGUGACCAGUGUGGAGAGAGUUUCGCACGUAAAAGAAGUCUCGAGGAGCACAUGAGUACUCAUUCUAAAGAGACACUGUUGACAUGUGACCAGUGUGGAGAGGGUUUCGCAAGAAAAAGAAGUGUCAGGGAGCACAUGAGUACUCAUUCUAAAGAGAAUCUGUCGACAUGUGACCAGUGUGGAGAGGGUUUCGCACGUAAAAGAAGUCUCGAGGAGCACAUGAGUACUCGUUCUAAAGAGAAUCUGUCGACAUGUGACCAGUGUGGAGAGGGUUUUGCACGUAAAAGAAGUCUCGAGGAGCACAUGAGUACUCGUUCUAAAGAGACACUGUUGACAUGUGACCAGUGUGGAGAGGGUUUCGCACGUAAAAGAAGUCUCGAGGAGCACAUGAGUACUCAUUCUAAAGAGAAUCAGUUGACACGUGACCAGUGUGGAGAGGGUUUCGCAAGAAAAAGAAGUCUUAGGGAGCACAUGAGUACUCAUUCUAAAGAGAAUCUGUUUACAUGUGACCAGAUACCUAACAAGUGUUCACACUGCUACAUGAAUUUCAGUCAACCAGCAGACCUGGAAAGACACAAGAUGAUCCACACUGGAGAGAAACCUUACAAGUGUUCACGCUGCAAAAAGAGAUUCCUUGUGUCAGAAAAUCUGAAAAUACAUGAGAGGAUCCACACAGCAGAGAAACCUUACAAGUGUUCACACUGCGAGAAGAGUUUCAGGUAUCCAUCAGAACUGGAAGGACACGAGAUGAUCCACACUGGAGAGAAACCUUACAAGUGUUCAUACUGCAAAAAGAGAUUCCGUGACUCAAGACAACUGAAAAUGCAUGUGAGGAUCCACACCGGAGAGAAACCUUACGAGUGUUCACACUGCGACAAGAGAUUUGCUCAGAUAAUAGUUAAGAAAAGACAUGAGAGGAUCCACACUGGAGAGAAACCUUACGAGUGUUCAUACUGUCACAUGAGAUUCAGUCGGUUAGGAAUUCUGAAAAAACACAAGGAAAGAAAACAUUUGUAGCCCCUCCAGUUCACACCGCCCACUACAAGCAAGACUCGAACCCGGGCCUGUCCUCAUGGGUGGUGGGCGCUCUAACAAGGAGGCUAAAGACCGCAGUCUCUAGCAUCAGUCACCAGAGCACCUCUUGAGAUCAGGGGAGUGAGGUUUACACGAACAGCCCUUACCGGUGUCCAUUAUGUCUGUAACUAAUAUCUGUAAAAAGUUUUGAGAUUUUCAUACACUGAAACAUGGAUAUUCAAAAAUGUAAAAAAAAAAAACUGUCAUAAAACUUUGAAGCUUGGGAGCACAGACUUAAGUUUAGUCUCAUUUUAAAAAAGACCCUUGAAAAAGAAUCUUGAAGUAAAAAAGGAAAAAAAAAAAAAAAA